UAUGCCAUUACCCAAAACAUAUAACCCACUGCCUGUCCUUGCCUAAAAUCAUUUCUGGUUCUUGUUUCCACUGUUUCGUUAAUCUAUUUCUUCUUCUUCUUUAUCUUUUUUGUCUGUUACUAUCAAAAGUUGGAUCCUCUUCAAUUUAUUCAUUAAGCAGUCUGAGUUAGUCAUCGUACUGGUUUCUUGUUUUGUACUGUAAUUCAGAUCCUAUAUAUGCUCAAGGUUUCGCCAUCAUCUUAAUUAGUGCAUAUAUAGUUAAGCUGGAUAGCUUCAGUUCUUGUAUUCCUUAGUGGCACAAUUAUAAAAACCUAUAAAGCAUGUAACUUUUUUCUCCUAGCUUCUUGUUCCCACCACAAAAAAGAAAAUAAAAAAAAAACUUUUUUUUCCAUUUGUUAUGUUUGCUGCCGGAUUCUGAUUAUUCUGAGGAUCAAACGAUCUGGCUGUUAAACUGAAUAUCGUGUAGCUAAACAUUUAAAAAAGCCAAAAAAUCAUGUAAUACUUCUCCAUUGAAAGAAACCUAGCUUAUCUCUCUUUCCAAAAAACCAAAAAAAAAAAAAAAAAAAAAAAAAAAAAAAAAAAAAAAAAAAAAAAAACCAAAAAAAAAAAAGAAAGGAAAAGGAUCGGAGAUGCCGGAAUUUGAAUCACCAGUAUCGGCGCCGGCAACGCCGGGGACACCAACGCCGCUAUUCUCGUCGAUUCGAGUGGACUCAAUGGGGUCUAAUUAUGAUCGAAAGUCAAUGCCCCGAUGCAAGUGCUUGCCUUUGGAUGCUCCAACAUGGGGCACUCCUCACACGUGUCUUUCCGACUUCCCCGCACCAGAUGUCUCCCUCACUCGCAAGAACUAAUUGUCAUACUUCCAACGUCCACUUCCAACCAAGAGGUUGUGAGUUCCAGUCUACCCAAGAGCAAGGUGAGAAGUUCUUGGAGGGAAGGAUGCCGAGGGUCUAUUUGGAAACAGCCUCUCUACCCCAGAGUAGGGUUGGGAGCAGAGUUCGUGGGAACAUUUAUCCUUAUAUUUGCUGCAACAGCCGGGCCAAUUGUGAACCAAAAGUACAACGGAGCCGAAUCUCUAAUCGGAAAUGCAGCUUGCUCUGGGCUGGCCGUUAUGAUCGUGAUUCUGUCGACGGGCCAUAUUUCUGGAGCACAUCUUAAUCCGUCGCUCACCAUUGCAUUUGCAGCACUUCGUCAUUUUCCGUGGGUUCAAGUGCCGGCCUAUGUUGCAGCGCAGGUUUCAGCAUCAGUUUGUGCUUCUUUUGCUCUCAAGGGUGUUUUUCAUCCUUUCAUGUCUGGUGGCGUUACUGUUCCUUCUGUAAACACUGGCCAGGCUUUUGCUCUCGAAUUCCUCAUCACAUUCAAUCUCCUUUUUGUUGUCACUGCUGUUGCUACCGACACCCGCGCGGUGGGAGAGUUGGCGGGCAUUGCAGUUGGAGCUACAGUCAUGCUCAAUAUUCUAGUGGCUGGGCCAUCAAGUGGUGCUUCCAUGAAUCCAGUAAGAACUUUGGGGCCAGCCGUUGCAGCAGGAAAUUACAAGUCAUUGUGGAUAUACAUAGUGGCUCCAACUCUGGGGGCUCUUGCAGGGGCAGCUGUUUAUACGCUCGUCAAACUUCGAGGAGAUGACAGUUCUGAGACACCACGCCAGGUUAGGAGCUUCCGCCGCUAGCCUGCUGAAGGAAGGAUGUUGCUCCAACUUCUAAUAGCUUAUCUUAUUGUACUAUUGCGUGCUUGAAAAUAAAGGUGGAGACUCGGAAAAUGUGACUUCCAGUCUCACUACCAAAAACAAUUUACAGUUGCAUUUGGUACUCUUUCUCCUCAUACGCUGUGUGUGGAUGACUUGAGGAAGGGGCUGAUAUUCGCUUGUGGUCUGCGAGCCUUUUUCCUUUUCUUAUGGUUUGCUGUGUGUGAAACUUUGCUACGUUAUAAUGUGUGAUGGUAAUAAGAAGCUUUCUGAGCUGCUACUUGUUUAUGA